GUUCAAAGAUGGCCUUAAGACCUUGGGCAUUUAUUCGGCAAUGCUGGAAAACAAGGAGUACUUCUUGGAUGUCAUGUGUCAUCAGAACAACCCAACAACAGCAGAACAAAUCAAAGAAGCCUUCAGACCAGUGCUACACCCCCCUGGUUCCAACAAGCGUUCCACUGAGAACCUAAUCCUCUGUCUGUGGGAAAACUUCAUCUUUGACGCAGAGGAUGAACAUUCAGGCACCUCAUUGGAGAAGAUCCUGUUUUUCUCCACAGGGUUGAAAUCCU